AUGUAUGAUUUGGGAGCGGCUAUGCCGGUGGGAAUGGAUUUACCUCCUCCGAUUACUGUGGCAGAGGACAAAAACAGUGCAUUUGUAAUGGAAGAUGAGGGAUCAGGAGAUUUGAAUAAUCUAAAAUCAAUGACCAAGGGUAAGCCUCCGCGACAUGUUUCGAGUUUGAGGCCAAGCGUUAGCACCACCGGAUUGAUGGCUGUAGCAGAUUUGAGUUUGGAUGUGGGGGUUACUGGGAGCAAGUCACCUUCUGAAGAAAAAACGGAGUUUUUACCAAUAUUUCGGUCAGGAAGUUGUGCUGAAAGAGGGCCUAAACAAUAUAUGGAAGACGAACACCUAUGUAUAGAUGAUCUUAUUCAGCAUAUAGGCCCUGCCUCAACUAUUCCUUUACCUGGAGCUUUUUAUGGGGUGUUUGAUGGCCAUGGAGGUACAGACGCAGCUUUGUUCAUAAGAAAUAACAUCCUAAAAUUCAUAGUUGAGGACUCCCAUUUUCCAACAUGCGUGGGGCAGGCAAUGACGAGUGCGUUUCUGAAAGCCGACUAUGCAUUUGCAGAUUCUAGUUCGCUUGAUAUCUCCUCUGGGACCACUGCUUUAACUGCUCUUGUAUCUGGAAGGACCAUGAUAGUAGCGAAUGCCGGGGAUUGUAGAGCUGUACUGGGGAGGCGAGGUAGAGCAAUUGAGAUGUCGAAAGACCAGAAACCAGAUUGCAUUUCGGAAAGGCUAAGGAUUGAGAAACUUGGUGGAGUGGUAUAUGAUGGAUACUUGAAUGGGCAGUUAUCUGUUUCCCGAGCCUUGGGAGACUGGCACAUGAAGGGUCCCAAGGGUUCUGCCUGUCCCUUGAGUUCUGAGCCAGAGCUGCAGGAAAUCAAUCUGACCGAGGAUGACGAGUUCUUGAUCAUGGGCUGUGACGGCCUAUGGGAUGUAAUGAGUAACCAAUGUGCAGUGACCAUGGCAAGGAAAGAACUAAUGAUACAUAAUGAUCCUCAAAGGUGUUCAAGAGAGCUGGUUAGAGAGGCUCUUAAGCGUAACUCGUGUGAUAAUUUGACUGUUAUCGUGAUAUGUUUUUCCCCAGAUCCUCCUUCUAGGAUAGAGGCACCUCCUUCUCGAGUCAGGAGGAGUAUAUCGGCGGAAGGCCUCAAUUUACUUAAGGGUGUGUUAGACGGUUAG